UCGAUCAUUGUAGAGGACCAAUGAAAGCAGGUUACCGUGGUUGGAGCUGGUGAGGUGGGACUGGACCUAAACGUCCGGCACGAUGGCGGACAUGGACGAAGGCGACGAGCCGAUUCUGGUUUCAUCCCACAGUGGGGGAUCAGGGUCAAAGCACGGGGGAGACAAGAUGUUCUCCUUGAAAAAGUGGAACGCCGUGGCUAUGUGGAGCUGGGACGUGGAAUGCGACACAUGCGCCAUCUGCAGGGUGCAAGUUAUGGACGCUUGUCUGCGUUGCCAAGCGGAGAACAAGCAGGAAGACUGUGUCGUGGUAUGGGGAGAGUGUAACCACUCCUUCCACAAUUGCUGCAUGUCUCUAUGGGUGAAGCAGAACAACCGGUGCCCGCUGUGCCAGCAGGACUGGGUAGUCCAGAGGAUUGGGAAAUGACCAUGUCUCCGGGAGGCAGGCAGAACUGUCCAGUGCCUCUGCUCAAAGUUGAUCUGCUCUGGAGAAGGGCCUCACGGACUGUACUAUUUAUCUGCUGGAUGAUUCAGUUUUCUUUCUGUUAAAAUUAAAGUUAACCUGACCUUUUGGAUGCAUGUUUUGGUGUUAAAUAAAAGUCUGGGGCAACGUG